UAUUCUUUACUGAUAAGAGACGUGCCGAAUUUCAGAGUCCAGCUUGUUAUACUUUGUAUAUUUCUUAUCAUCGUUAUACCUUGCAUACUCUUAUUCACAUUCACAGUCGCCUUAUUGAAGAAAUUAGAUGAAUCACGUAGUAACCGUCAACUGCUGAAGUUCAUCAAUGAAGAUUAUAACAGCAAUACAAAUGCCAAUAACAGCACAAAAUCCACCAUCCACCUAUCAGAUCGAACCACAAAAGUACUCGUCACCACGCUGAUGAUAUUUUUAAUAUCCGAAUUACCACAAGGUUAG